CCCUGUGUUCAGGGUCACCCUGGUGCCGUGUGCAGUAGUACAAGCGCUCCCCCUGCUGGUUCUAACAUGGUACGACCGAAAGCUCUGGUUUUGUUUACUUCACCGUCCGCUGUGAUUGGCUGACGGUGUUCCAGCUGAUCCAACCCGACACACCCCUUCUCUGAAUGAGGAGAACAACACUACGAUUGAGUUCCGGUGUUUUACAGCUCUGACCUGAAGCAUUUACCCUUUGAAUCCUCAUUUUAGAGGAGAGACAUCUCCUCCCGAGAGUUUUAGACGCUGAUGAUUCUGCGGCAGUUCACCUGCAGAGCCGUCAUAAACUCUUGCACACAGGCCCGCAUCAGAAGACUCCGUGGAAGCGUAGAGAUGGCCAAACCCAGCUCAGACCUGGCAGCAUUCAGGGAGUUUUUUGGCAAAGCCAAAAACAUUGCCAUCCUCACCGGAGCUGGGGUGAGUGCCGAGAGCGGAGUUCCCACCUUCAGAGGAGCUGGAGGCUUCUGGAGGAAGUGGCAGGCCCAGGAUCUAGCCACUCCAGAGGCCUUUUCCCGAAAUCCAUCUCGUGUUUGGGAGUUCUAUCAUUAUCGGCGGGAGGUCAUGCUCACCAAAGAGCCAAACCCCGCCCACAAAGCCAUCGCCGAGUGUGAGGAGCGGCUAGGCAAACAGGGACGGAAAGUGACGGUGAUCACCCAGAACAUCGACGAACUCCACCGCCGCGCCGGCUCCAAAACCAUCCUGGAACUCCACGGCAGCUUGUUUAAAACCCGCUGCCUGAGCUGCGGCCACGAGGCGGCCAAUUACAAGAGCCCUAUUUGCGACGCCCUGAAGGACAAAGGAGCUCCAGACCCAGACACGCAUGACGCCCAGAUCCCCGUGGAGCAGCUGCCGCGGUGCGAGCAGGCCGGCUGUGGAGGCCUGUUGAGACCGGCGGUGGUGUGGUUUGGAGAAUCUCUGGACUCCGGCGUCCUGUCCCGCUCAGAGCAGGUUCUGGACAGCUGUGACCUCUGUCUUGUGGUCGGCACCUCAUCGGUAGUGUACCCGGCGGCCAUGUUUGCCCCCCAGGUGGCAGCCAGAGGCGUCCCCGUGGCCGAAUUCAACAUGGAGAACACGCCAGCCACCAUGCGCUUCAAGUUCCACUUCCACGGCCCCUGUGGGACGACGCUGCCGGCUGCCCUGGCGCGCCACGAGAACGAAUCGAACUGAGGCCGCAGUCUGCUGCACCAGCAGCCUGAUAGAAAAAAAAACACACACACAAAGGGAGUUUUAAUGUUCUUGGGAUUGUGUUUUUAGCACUGUAAAGCUGCUAGUGGGACAAAAAAGUGUAGCUCAGUAUGUUGUUGGACAGGAGGGGGCAGUGUUCAGCCGCUGCAGUGCAGACUUCCCAGGCUGUGUUUGUGUUGUCUGUGCAGUAAUGCCUGAAUUUAUGAAGUGUGAUGAAUGCGGUGUGUGACGCCUUCCAGCGGCUUCGGAUGCAGUCGCGUGAGCGCGCCUCUCCAUCUUCCUCAAGAGGUUCUCUCCACAUUUUUGGGGUAAAAAAAAAAAAUGGAUUGCCUUAAGAAAAAUAUAAUAAAAUAAACCUGCUGAGCCCCCA